UUUUUGGGAAAUUGUAAAAUAUAUUAUAUUCGGAAAAUGGAAGAAAUCCUAGAAGAGACUCCAAACCAGAUAAUAGACACACUUGAAGACAUAGAGGCGGUUCAAGACGACCCAAUAGAAAUGUACGGUUAUGAUAAGGAAGCUGAAGGUGGACUGGACGAAGUAGCUCUACAAUUGGGAAACCAACAUAUUUUCGACGAUAUACCUGAAUUUUAAUGUUAAAGCUGAUGAUGAAGAGAUCGAAAAGAAUGGAACAGCCAAAUUCCAAAACCUUAAACAACUGAUACAAGAAGGAGAAGGUGAUGCUGAGCUAGUCUCAAAUGAAGAGAAUCCAGAAUCUCAGGAUCUUUCAAGAUCUUCCAAUGAAAAUCCUCUUAAUGAUUCCUUUGAUGAUUUAAUUAAAAAUGGAGGGAGAGAAAAAGGAAUAUCUAUACAGGAUAUUCCUAAAAUACCUAUUGAGAAGGUCCAAUCAAGAAAUGAUAGACAGCCAGGCUUUGCAGUAAACCGUAUGGUGAGUGAUAUUUCAGCAUCAUAUGACCCAAACGUACAUGUCAAUAAUAUGUACGAAAACAAUCCAGAAAAGAGUGAAUCUGAUAUUUUCUCAACAGCUAAAUCAAUAGAGUUUCAUACCAGCCGAAUUGGUAUGAGAGGGAAUGCAAGUACCUCCAUAAAAAGGGAAUCAGACUUGAGUCACCAUUACAACAGAUCAAAGCAUUAUGAUAAUGACGAAGAACUGCUCAUAGAGUCCUUGAUGAAGAAUGCUUCGCAAUUACAACACGUCAUGAAAGACUACAUGGGUUCUGAAAGAAAUGACGAUAUCACUGAACAAGAAGAUAGACACGAACUUAAAGACGAAAUAUCCAAUAUGCGAGACAAAAUUUUCGGAACUCUUGAGGAAUACAAGGACCAAAUUGAGAAAUACGGCUAUGGCGUGGAUAAUAUCGAGGAGAACAUGAAGACUGAGCUGCGACAACAAAAGGAAGAAAUUGAGAGGUUCGUACGUCACCAAAAUUCUCAGUCCGACUCUUUAAUGAUCCUGCAUAACUUUGAGGAAUUCCUUGAAAUGAAGUGCCUCGAAGUUGAAAACCUUGAGUCACAAGUCUUUACGAAGGACUCUGAAGUAGAAUCAUUGAAAUAAGAAGUACACUGAGCUCCACCGGAGUUAUCAGCUAAUGGUGAAAUCAAUGUCCAAAUAAGAUUCAAAUAAGUGAUGAAGAAUAUGAUGAACUCCUAGACUCGAGAAAGGAUCUCAUUUCAGACCUGUCCAAAAUCACAGAGAAAGUUUCUAUCAAACAAGCGCAAGUCGAUGAAGAGAACAAGAAUAUCCUUGAAGAGCAGAAAUAAAAUAGAGGAAUAUAAUAAGAAACUCGAGGAGUGUGAACGCCUUAAGUCAGAGAACUCUGAGAAAUCCAAGGUUGGCAAAGACCUUGAAGAUAAUAACCUCCAGAUAGAAGACCAGAUCAAGCUCAUACUGCAAAUGAAUUUUGACCAGACACAGAAUUUUGAUAAUUUAAUAGCGGAAAAUAAGCAGUUUAUGGAUGAGAUGAGGAAGAUAACUCACCAAAAGCGUCAAGAGGUGUAUAAUCAACUAGAUUUGAUGAUCAGAAAGCAUCUGAAUGCUUCAAAUACCACUGGGAUGCUUGGGCAUAAAUACAUCACGAAUAUGAUAAACACCCAGAAAGAGCAAAAGACAUCAUUAGAAACUCAAAUUUCCAAACUUGAAAAACAGAUUCUUCAAAAACGAGAAGAUUUAAAAGGCGAUAAGAACUACAAUGAGAAGCUUAUAUCCAGCAUGACAUCAAAAGUGAAGAGCCAGGGUCUCUUCCUAAUUUUUCUCACAUGCAUUCUUCUGUACAUCCUCUACCACAAAUAUGCAUAA